AGGCAUCAAAUGCUUCUUUAGAAAUGUGGCCGGCAAUUUUAUUUUAUUUAUUAUUAUUAUUAUUAUUAUUAUUAUUAUUAUUCAGUUUUAAGGUUGGGAGCUGUCUUUUUCUUCCUCUUCCUCCUUCAUCGUCAAACAGAACAAGGUCUUCUCGUCCUCGCUCUGCUUGUUCAGUUCACGUAUGAACCUUUUCAGCAGAGUCGUCAGAUGCAGAGAUCUCCCUCUCCUAAUCAGCUCUUUCCGCAAGCUCAGCUCCUCAUCAGCUCUCCCUCAAGCUUCAUCCUUGAAUCCCGUAAACCCCUUAACACAACCCGAGCUCAAAACCCUAGUUCUCAAGCAGUACGCCAAGAAUGGCAAAUUCUCGGGCCUCGUCCACAAUGUCAUUGCUCUGCCCGCCGUCCUCCUCACCGCCUGCCAAAAUCUCACCACCCCUCAGACCCGGAGCGGGCAUGAGUCAAGAACAUCUCCUUUCGAGUUGGUCUCCGAGCAUUUCUCGGUUCACGAAAUGGGUCGGGAGCUCUUCCUAAACCGGUUCGACAUCGAGGCUGGCUGCGUCCCGAUGGUGCCCUUCGAAGUGAAAGGUGAGACCUUGGUCCUGCCCAACUUGAAAUUGAAGGUCCUGAUUGAAGCAAUUAGGAUGGUUUUUGAGGUGAUUUAUGAUGAGAGGUUCGUGACGUUUGCUUAUGGUGGGCGAGCCGGGAUGGGCCGCCACACUGCUGUUCGGUACCUGAAGGGCUCUGUGGAAAAUCCCAGCUGGUGGUUUGCAGUGAAAUUUAAUCCUCAAAAGUUUUAUUCUUUACAUGUCAAUAGGCUGUGUAAGUUCAUUGAAGAAAAGAUAGAUGAUCGGGCUUUGAUUGAUCUACUGAGGAGGCUUUUUGCGAGCGGAGGGUUGAGUAUUGAACUGGGUGGGUGUAAUAUAGGGAGAGGAUUUCCUCAAGAGAGUGGCUUGUGUUCGAUUUUGCUUAAUAUAUACUUCAACGGGUUCGAUAAAGAAAUUCAGAAUCUGAGGCUUCAAGUGAGUCGAGACAACCCGAAGAUUGGUUCUGAUGAGGUUGUCAGAACAUCAUCUAACAUGUUUUAUAAGCCAAUGAAGAUUUAUGCUGUUAGGUACUUGGAUGAGAUACUUAUAAUAACAUCUGGGUCAAAAGUGUCGACAAUGGAUUUGAUGAAGAAUGUCUUGAGAUACUUAGAAGGGAACUUGGAGCUGAAGGUCGAAAGAACGAAAACUGCAAUUCACAGUGCAGUAUCCGAGAAGAUUAGUUUCUUAGGCAUGGAGCUUCAAGCAGUUCCGCCUUCGGUUUUGAAUCCUCCAAUGUCGGAAAAAGCUAUAAGGGCGAGGAAAAAAUACCUUAGGCAGAAGGAAGUGAAGGCAAUUGAAUUGAAGAAUGCCAGGGAAAGGAAUAGGAAGAAACUGGGGUUGAAGAUCAUGAGUCAUGUUUUCAAGAAGUUGAAACGAGGUGCACAGUUCAAAUUUGAUUUUCACAUCGUGGAUGAGGUUGGGGAAAUUUUUCGAACCUGGGCAGACGAAGUGGUGCAAGAGUUUCUGGGUUCAUUAGAUGAUCGGUACAAUUGGCAUCGAAUGCUCUCAUCUGGAAACUUUCUAUCUUUACAGCACAUAAGAGAUCAAUUGCCACGAGAACUUGUUGAUGCAUAUGAUGAUUUCCGAGAGCAAGUUGAUAAGCAUUUGACCCCAAUUCCAGCUAUGAAAGCCCUGAAGGAGAAAGAAAGAAGAGAAACAGAAGAAUAUGAGCAGAAGUAUGCCGAGAGAACAGUCAGUGACCUCACGAGGCUGUGCAUUAAAGUGAAUGCGCCCAUAGAACUGGUUAGAAAGGCUGUUAAGAUGGUUGGGUUUACAAACAACAUGGGCCGCCCGCAGCCAAUCCAUCUCCUGUUUGCCCUGGAGGAUGCAGAUAUAGUCAAGUGGUAUGCUGGUGUGGGAAGAAGAUGGCUCGAGUUCUUCUGCUGUUGCCACAACUUCAAAAUGGUCAAAACUAUUGUAACUUAUCACCUCCGCUUCUCUUGUAUUUUAACCUUAGCAGAGAAGCAUGAAUCGACCAAGCGCGAUGCAAUGAAGCAUUAUUCAAAGGAUUUGAAGGUGUCUGAUACAGAUGAAACUGAAGUAACAUAUUUUCCUACAGAAAAGGAAGUUAAGAUGAUGGGAGAUAGGAACCUCUCAGACCCAAAACCUGUUGACGGGGCUUUGACAUUGGCACUGAUUAGGUUGGCCUGUGAGGUUGAUUCUUCACACUCUUGCGCUGCUCAUUUCUGCGGCAGAGCCGAUACUAUUCUUUACCGUGUCCGUUUGCUCCAGAACCGGUUGAAUGUGAACCCGUCGAAUGAGGAGAAGUGGGUUCCAGGGUUAGGUGCUAUUCAUGAAAGUGUGAAUCGCAAGUGCCUUCCCCUAUGUCCUCUUCACAGAGAUGAUCUAUUCUUGGGCGAGAUCACACUUCAAGACGUGGACCUCACUUCAUGUGUUGAUGUGGAUUAAAGCUGUUGCUCAUAUCUGGGUCUAGUGUGAUAUUAGGAAGGCCUUGUCAUCAAAGCAAGAAGAUUUGCUCAUGAAAUCGGUUGCUUGGCUGCUCUAUGGCCACGUCACACAUUGCAGAAAGAGCAGGAUCAGAUCUACAUCAUCAAUCAGGGGAGCCGCUGCAAUGGACUGGAAUUUGGAAACUUUACCUUAUCAGAGUGAGUGACCAAGUCAGCAAUAAAGCUACUAGAAAUGAAGCAAUGGACUCUUGACUAAACACAAUUGCCUCUAGUUGAAACUGCUCCCAGCUUUCCAUGACAUCAAAGUUUAAGGAGAGCAGCAGCAGCUCAGAAUGUUUCUCGGCUGCCGGUACGCUCAGUACAGAAAAAGGAUGGAGCAACAGAAAAAAAAAAGGGAAAAAUAUGAGCGUUCACAGGCAAAGCUCAGAACAGAAACUUCAGUAUCUUCCAGUAUGUUCCUCGACCAACAAAUCCUACCAACUGCUAACAGAAUAUUAUUUUCCGAAAGUCUGGUCCAAUGAGUUUCUGGAUCAUUGAUUGGAUCUUCAGGAAGGUCAUCUCGGACAGGACAAUUCUUCGGGACUGAACUCUCGAUCGGUUACAAUCUGCUCUUCUGCGUCUCUGAUUCCCUUUCUUUCAAAUUCUUCCCACCUUAUACCCAAGCUGCAGUUGCUACCUUCAAGAAUAACAACUACCUCUGACAUGUUGGGUCUUUUGGCUGGGGAAUCUUGGGAGCAAAGGAGGGCAAGUUUGAUGAGUGUCUCCACCUCAGCCUCGUCAUAUUCGCCCCUCAUACUGCUAUCUAUUAUCUGUCCCAAGUUUCCGGAGUCAAAUAGUUUUUUCACCCAAACAGAUGUUGCAUGAAAGCCUUCCGUAACAGCUAGACGACGGAGGUCAGAAGGAGAACAGCCAGAGACUAUUGCAAGAAGGGUGACUCCGUAGGCAUAAACAUCAUUCUUCACGGAAAACGUCCCCUCUCUGCUAAAUUCAGGAGCCAUAUAGCCAGGGGUACCCCACAGAUGAGUGGUCUUACCUUCGUUUGAACAUGUUGCACCUUGACUUUUUUGCACAGGGUUUCCGGAGCUUCUUCCAGCUAUACAAUAGGGCACUGCAGUUAGGGAUGCUCUGGGCAGGCUGUGAUGCAUGAAUUUAGCCGUGCCGAAAUCUGCAAUACGAGGUUCAAGGUUCUCAUCUAGCAAUAUGUUUGAUGGCUUUAUGUCAUGGUGAAUUAUCCUGAGGAAGCAAUUGUCAUGCAGAUACGAAAGUCCUCUGGCUAGUCCUAGAGCAACGUGCUUCCUGGCGGGCCAGUCAAGCGGGAUUAGUGAUCUUGGAGGCCCCCCUAAGUAAGACAUCAGACUUCCAUUCGGUAUGAAAGGAUAUAGUAAACAAUGGCGCUCCUUGGAAUUCGUCCCUUCACAGAAGCCGAUCAUUGGGACCACAUUUCGGUGCAUGACCAGUUUGCCUACCUGUACUUCCGCUUGGAACAGUUCCUUCAGGCAUCCUGAGUGGAACUUCCGGUUACUUCUUUUCACGGCCACGAGAUAUCCAGAAGACAAACGUCCUUUGUAGACCUUGCCGAAUGCACCCUCGCCCAAGGCAUUCUCGCUGCUGAAAUUUCCAGUGGCUUGUCGCAGCUCCUUAUAAGUGAACCUUCUCAGCUGUUUCUGCUCCGGAAAUUUGAAAUCAAUCUCUGAAGGACUAAUGCUUGAGGGCUCUUCCGGUUUCCUCUGGCUCUCAACCGAGAUGGAUCUAGUGCAACGGCGAGUCAAAGGAAGACAGAGUGUGGACGGCGGAGAAGAAUCGGGAGAAGGCGGAAAAUCACUGUUAAUGUCUCCGUUGACGUCGAAUGUAAUCGUCUUGAAGACCAUCCUUUCAGUGCCUCCCAACAGAAUACCAUCUUCUUCACCACCUCUGUCUUUAUUAUAUAUUAUAACCACUUGGAGGAGGCAACUUCUAGGAAACCCCCCUUAAGAAACAUUGUCCUCUUCUGUGAGUCAGCAGCUUUUUUUUUUUUUUUUUUUUUUUUUUCUUUUUUGAAAAUUCUGCUUUCGGUUGUUUACAGGUUGCGUUUUGGAUACGUAAACAACACGUUCUUCAAUCUACCUUCGUGAGACUUAGAUAUUUUUCUUAUGUCAAAUAGCAUCCGUGCACAUACUCUUACACUUACAUACCUAUAUGUAGACAUACGAUAUAUAUAUGUGUUGCUGAAGCCAAUAAAAAAAAAAAAAAAGAGGAAA